AUGAAACGAGGAAGGAAAAGUAAUGAAGCUACCAAUGGCUCACCUGCAGAGGCAGCUGAUGAGGAAUUCAAGAGGCACAAGAUGACAGAUGAGAAACAUGGAGCUGUGCAGAGUCCUGACUGGGCCAACCUGCUUCAAGACAUCAUCCUACAGGUGUUCCAGUACCUGCCCCUUCUGGAUCGUGCUCACGCCUCCCAGGUCUGUCGGAGCUGGAACCAGGUGUUUCAUAUGCCUGAUCUUUGGAGAUGCUUCGAGUUUGAAUUGAAUCAGCCAGCUACAUCUUACUUGAGGGCUACGCAUCCUGAACUCAUCAAGCAAAUAAUUAAGAGGCAUUCCAACCAUCUGCAGUAUGUGAGCUUCAAGGUGGACAGCAGCAAGGAAUCCGCAGAAGCAGCUUGUGAUAUUUUAUCGCAGCUUGUGAAUUGCUCUCUGAAAACACUUGGGCUAAUUUCAACUGCCCGGCCAAGCUUCAUGGAUUUACCCAAGUCUCACUUUAUUUCCGCACUGACAGUGGUGUUUGUCAACUCCAAAUCCCUCUCUUCGCUAAAGAUCGAUGAUACACCCGUAGAUGAUCCGUCUCUCAAAGUGCUCGUGGCUAACAACAGUGACACCCUCAAACUGCUAAAAAUGAGCAGUUGUCCUCAUGUUUCUCCCGCUGGCAUCCUGUGCGUGGCUGACCAGUGUCACGGUCUGCGGGAGCUGGCACUCAACUACCACCUGCUGAGCGACGAGCUCCUGCUCGCUCUGUCCUCGGAGAAGCACGUGCGCUUGGAACACCUGCGCAUCGACGUGGUCAGUGAAAACCCCGGGCAGACUCAGUUCCACACAAUUCAGAAGAGCAGCUGGGAUGCUUUCAUCAAGCACUCUCCCAAGGUGAACCUGGUGAUGUACUUUUUCUUGUACGAAGAAGAGUUUGACCCAUUCUUUCGCUACGAGACCCCAGUCACUCACCUCUACUUUGGGAGGUCGGUGAGCAAGGACGUGCUGGGCCGCGUGGGCAUGACGUGCCCGCGGCUCGUUGAGCUCGUCGUGUGCGCCAACGGCCUGCGGCCCCUCGACGAGGAGCUCAUCCGCAUCGCGGAGCGCUGCAAGCACCUCUCGGCCAUCGGCCUGGGCGAGUGCGAGGUGUCCUGCAGCGCCUUCGUGGAGUUUGUCAAGAUGUGCGGUGGCCGCCUCUCCCAGCUCUCCAUCAUGGAGGAGGUCUUGAUUCCUGACCAGAAAUACAGCCUGGAGCAGAUUCAUUGGGAAGUUUCAAAGCAUCUCGGCAGGGUCUGGUUCCCAGACAUGAUGCCCACCUGGUAAAGUCCCUGGAAGAUUUCCAGGCAGAUGGAAUAGCACCUUAACCCCAA